GUGUACUUCCGCCCGGUGUAACGAUGGCGGCGGCUGGUAAUAUGUCUAAGGCCGAGUACCUUCGUCGGUACUUGGAGCCUGACAGCGACCAGGAGACCGUGCGGCGAAAACGGAAAAAGAAGCGACCGGAGGGACGAGGAAUGCGGAUAGUAGAUGAUGAUGUUGAAGAUUGGAAGAAAGAAAGUGAAAAGCCAGAUGCUACCCUGGAGGAAGAGGAAGAUCAGCCUGUGGUGGCUGAGUUUGUAGACGAACGCCCUGAGGAGGUGAAGCGCAUGGAAGAAUUUAAGAACACAAAUAAAUGGCGAGUGAUCCAAGAUACUGGAGACACAUCACCAAGAGGACACCUACCACAGGCCCCCGAAGCACGGGUUGGAGCCAACAGCCUUACAAGUUUGCAGAGUGAAAAGCAAAACUCUUCAGAUUCAUCUCUUCCUCGCGAAGGAAGGCACGACUCGCCAGACCCCUCUCCUACUCGUGAAGGAAGGCACGACUCGCCAGACCCUUCUCCUCCCCGUGCAGGAAGGCACGACUCGCCAGAUUCCUCUCCUCCUCGUAGGGGCCGGCAGGACUCGCCAGAUCCCUCUCCUCGUAGGGGCCGGCAGGACUCGUCAGACCUUUCUCCACAUAAGGGCCGACGCGACUCGUCAGACCCCUCUCCUCCUCGUAGGGGCAGACACGACUCGCCAGACCCGUCUCCUCCUCGUAAACAAAAAGACAACUCUGACCUCUCUCCUCGCAGAGGCAAACCUAACUCCCUACAAACGUCUUCACCAUACAGGGUGAAAGAGAGAGAACCAAAAACUUUUAAAUCCUCUCAUGUAAAUGGCAAAAGUUUACAAGCCCAGAGGCCAAGAUCUCACUCACCCACUUAUAAGGAUAAGAGAAGAAAUUCUGAUUCUGAUUUCUCCCCACCUCGAAAGAAGAAAUCUAAUUCGCUAGUGCAGAACAAAGGGAAAGAAGGGCAAAUGUCUGGCACUUCCUCACCUCGCCAUGGCCAGAGCAGGGGCUCUGAUUCGGACCUGUCUCCCCCACGGUGUGCCCAGAGGCGGGGCUCUGAUUCGGAUCUAUCUCCCCCACGGUGUGCCCAGAGGCGGGGCUCUGAUUCGGACCUGUCUCCCCCACGGCGUGACCAGAGGAGGGGCUCUGACUCUGACCUGUCUCCUCCUCGGGGCAAAAAUGGAAGAAUGAGGCACCCUGAAGAUGUUUCCUCUGGGAGAACAGGAAGGAGCUCUAUGCUGUCAGGAGGUCGCGCAGGGCUGGUGUCUGCAGAGGUUCUGAGGGAGGAAAAAAAGGAGCAGAAAAUACUACAGAGAGACAACAAACAUUUGGAAGAUGAUUCAAAAAAUGCACAGACAGUUUUCCGGGAUAAGAGCGGGAAACGUAGAGAUCUGAAGUUGGAACGUGAGGAACAACGUCAGAAACAGGCAGCUCAAGAGCAGAAGGAUGAACAGUAUGCUCAGUGGGGUCGAGGGCUCGCUCAGAAAGAGCAACAACGUCAGAACUUGGAGCAUGCAGCCAAAGAGAUACAGAAGCCUCUCGCACGAUACAUUGAUGAUGCUGACCUGGACAAGAUGCUGCGGGAGCAGGAGAGGGAGGGUGACCCUAUGGCUAAGUUCUUGCAGAAGAAAAAGGCCAGCGAGACCAAGAAAGAGCGACCAAGAUACAAAGGAACAAAUCCGCCUCCCAACAGGUUUAACAUCUGGCCAGGUUAUCGCUGGGAUGGAGUUGACAGGUCAAAUGGUUUUGAGAAGCAGAUGUUUGCGAGGCAGUCUGACAAGAAGGCUAUGCAGGAGGCUGCCUACAAGUGGAGUGUGGAAGACAUGUGAGCUACAGUAUGACGUAAUAUUAGGACAUGUCUGUGGACACAUUGUGCCACUGUCUGGUCCUGCUGUCCUGCAAGAAGAAUUUCUGCCAUCUGCCCGGCUCAGGGUCAACAGAAGACAUUUGCAAGAUACAGAGAUUUUUCUAUAUUUUAUUAGUUUUAAAUCCACAAACUGUUGUUCUGUAUUUGUAUUGUGAAUGGACCAGAGUUUUUCUUGGAAUAUAUGAAACUUUAUUUUUGUUUGUAUUAAAUUCUAAAUGUUU